AUGGGUCGUGUCAGAACCAAAACCGUGAAGAAAUCCUCAAGACAAGUCAUCGAGCGUUACUACUCUCGCAUGACUUUGGAUUUCCACACCAACAAGAAAAUCCUCGAGGAAGUCGCACUCAUUCCAACCAAGAGGCUUCGCAACAAAAUCGCUGGGUUUUCAACUCAUUUGAUGAAGAGGAUUCAGAAGGGACCUGUUCGUGGAAUCUCGUUGAAGCUACAAGAGGAAGAGCGUGAGAGGCGUAUGGAUUUCGUUCCUGAUGUGUCGGCUAUCAGGACUGAUCAUAUUGAGGUUGAUAAGGAGACUCUGGAUAUGCUUGCGGCGCUUGGGAUGUCGGAGAUUCCUGGGGUUGUGCAGGUGGAUCCGGUGGCUGUUCAGCCGAUUCCUUUCGGUCGUGGGGCUGGAGCUGCUGGUGGACCUGGUGGAAGGAGGUUUUGA